AUGCCUCAGAUCAUAGAGCUCGGCUGGAUUCCUGUCAAGAAUGAUUACGAAGAAGCUCCAGCGACCAAGGCUAUUAAUGAUCUAGAACCGAAGCUUAUGGCAAAUCCCGAUAUUCUGGGCUACUGGAAAGGCGUCCGGGGACACGGCGCUUUGGAUAGUCGACCGAUUAAAGGUUGUGAUUUGGCCACUAUAUGGAAGUCAUUGGAAGCUGCAAAAGCAGCUAAAGAAUCUCCCGAGUUCAAAGAAGCAGCACAACUAUGGGGACAAAUUGUUGAAACCUCAAGCCACUACGGCCCGGUCCAACCGUGGGUUGACUACUUCCGCCUGGACGGCGACGAUUUUGCCAAAGUGAUUGGCGCUCAAGUCGUUCUUUUAUCUGGAUUUUAUCUCCCAGUUGAUGCCGAUACAGACGCCUUUUAUGACACCUGGAAACGCCUUACGCAAGCCACACCAAAUGAACCUUCUGGUUAUAUUGCCGGCGUGCAUGGCUGGUCUGUUGGCGAUACCGAUCACAAGGGAGAAGGCAAAAAGGUCUUCAUGGUUGUGAGUGGCUGGGAUAGCGCAGAGAGUAUUAAGGCUACUGAUGCCGUGGAUAAGAGGAGCGAAAUCGAGGAGGGCCUAAAGCAUUUUAAUAUUCAGAAACAUGAACACCUUUCUCAUGGACUGACAAGGAUAAAAUAG